AUGUCCCAACCAAACAUCCUCUUCAUCAUGGCCGAUGACCAUGCCUCCAAGGCCAUCUCCUGCUACGGCGCGGGCAUCAACAACACCCCCAAUCUCGACCGUCUCGCCAACGAGGGCAUGCUAUUCAACCACUGCUAUGUAACCAACAGCAUAUGCACUCCGUCUCGUGCCGCCAUCCUAACCGGCACCCACAACCACGUCAACGGCGUCAUGACCCUCGACAGCAAAAUCAACAAGCAUCUCCCUAAUGUCGCCAAACACCUCCGCACAGGAGGCUACCAAACAGCCAUGGUCGGAAAAUGGCACAUGGGUGAAGGAAAAGCCCAUGAGCCGACAGGUUUCGAUUACUGGUCUGUCGUCCCCGGUCAAGGAGAUUAUCAUGAUCCGGAAUUUAUCGAGGCAGAUGGCAUCAAGCAGGUGGAGGGGUAUGUGACGGAUAUUAUCACAGAUAAGAGUAUUAAUUUCAUCAAAGAACGGGAUACUUCCAAGCCAUUCUUUGUCAUGUGUCAUCAUAAAGCACCGCAUCGGAGUUGGGAGUGUGACGAGAAACACAAGGGGCUCUAUAUGGAUCGUAUCCAGCUUCCUGAUACCUUUACAGAUGAUUAUAAGAAUCGAGCCAAGGCCGCGUCUGUCGCAAAGAUGCGGGUUGCAGAGGACCUCACCUAUAAGGAUUUGGGACUUGCUCAACCAGACGGGGGGAGAAAGCAGAUUGGAGAGAGGAUGUGGGAUGGAGCGAGGAAGAUCCCUGCUCCGACAACGGAAGACCAAUUGAAAGCACUGAGAUUGAUCGACAAUGACGAUGGAAACGUGUUUACCUUUUCUUCUGCUUCUGAGCUGGCCGAGUUCAAGUACCAGCGGUACAUGCAGCGGUAUCUCCGGACCAUCCAAAGCAUCGACGAUAACGUCGGUCGAUUGCUGGACGUUCUCGAGGAAGAGGGAGUUGCAGAGAACACCAUAGUCAUCUACACCUCCGACCAAGGCUUCUUCCUGGGUGAGCAUGGCUGGUUUGAUAAGCGCUUCAUGUACGAGGAAAGCUUCCAGAUGCCGUUCAUGAUCCGGUAUCCCAACGAGAUCAAAGCAGGAAGCGUUUGCAACGACAUCAUCUCGAAUGUGGAUCUCGCACCGACAUUCCUUGACUGCGCAGGAUUGAAGACACCGAGUUACAUGCAGGGACGGACAUUCCGCACAUUGUUACAGGGCGAGACUCCCUCUGACUGGCCUCAGGUGGCAUAUCAUCGGUACUGGAUGAACAAUGAUGCUAUUCACGAGGCAUAUGCACACUAUGGAGUCAGAGAUCAGCGAUACAAGUUGAUCUACUGGUACAAUCAGGAUCUGGAUGUUGAGGGAGCCAGACCAGGUGGAGAGCAAUAUAGAGAGUGGGAGCUGUUUGACUGCCAGGAGGAUCCCCUGGAGUUGUUUAACUGCUAUUACGAUGGGAAGUAUACAGAUGUGGUGGAGAGAAUGACUCGAUUGUUGGAGCAGACAAUGGCCGAAAUUGGCGAUGAGCCGGUGCAUUGA